CCUUUAUUUUCAACAUACCAUGUGCGCCACCAUUUUGUUGCGACUCCAGCGCCGCUGUGCGGGCAUUUCUUCGUGGUGACUGCGGGUCGCUCGUUCCAGCGCAUGUAAGAAGCGAUGGCUAAGGUGUUGUCUAGCUGUUUGGAGGUUCCUUCCUCGUUAAAAAUCGGUAAGUACAUGUUUCUCGGCAUGAUAACAUCUUCUACAAACUUCUCGGAAAGCAUUAACCUGAGGGCUGGAACCGGAGACACGCAAAAACAACAAGAAUUUAUCUGACGCACAGAAAUCUUUGUUGCUUUUCUGCGUACCCGGUUCCAGCCCUAAGUAUGCACGAAGUUGUCUGCGCACUUUUACUUCUGUCGAAGCAUUAAUUUAGCGUGCAAAUAUGCCUUUAAGUGCUUUAGCGAUGGCGCGGUUGCUGUACGGCAUUAACAUUAUGUUGCAGCCAAUAGAUCAAGUUUUAAAACCCUCCUAACACGCUCACGUCUCCACGAAAAAUAAAUGGGAGAUACUGAACAUAGGAUGAACAUCUGUUUCGCAGCCUUGGUAAGCAUUUGAACUAACCACUCUGUGCUUAUAUGUGCUUUGUCGUUUUUUUUAUUCUGUCUUUGUCAUGAUUGCUGCGCCGAUCAUGAGUCCAAGCGCUUAGCGGCAUGCAGUUAGAUUAUGUGACGUUCGCUUAUGUCUAACGCCUAAAUAACACGUCGAAGUGUAUCGUGCUACAAAUCGUAUCUUUUAAUCGUUCACGGACAUCCUAAUCAAGACCUCCAUUGAUUCGUUAGUACACCUCUUCCAGUGUGAAUCUACGAUUUUUUCUUCAUGGUUGUUGCUCCUUUCCUACAUAGGUACUCACGUGCUACCCCAUCCAAAAACUGUCAAUGAGUCUGACUGGGUAGAUAACAUGAAGUUGUGGCCCCCACUCCAAGAGCACCACAUAACAUAUUAUUUACUGAAGUCUAAAGCCUGUGACCUGGAGGAUGUCCAAGCUCUUAAGAGCCUGGACUCAUACAAUUAUUUAAUUAGUGGCAAAGUGGGGCGGCUUCUUGUCUACCAAACAGACAGUGACACCUGCUUUCUAAAGGGAACGGUUUCACCUUCCCAGGCAGAUGAAUAUCGGCCGUACCAGGCGUGGGUGUGCGUGACAAGCGACUGUCGCAUUCUCUGGGGCUCCUGCACCUGCAAGGUUGGCUUAACAAGAGUAUGUAGCCACGUUGGUGCUAUACUAUGGAAAAUAGAAUUUGCAAAUCGGAAAGGUCUCACGGGACAAAGUUGCACGGACAGGAGUGCCAGUUGGAACCAUGGUACCAAAAGAAAUGUCGUACCAUCACAGGUACUAGACAUGGACUUCAGCAUGGCAAAGAACAUCAGGCACGCAUCACCCACAAACAGAAAGGUCUCAGUGCCACGUUACGAGGACCACAAGACGUACGUAAAAGCUAUGAAAGCGAGUGAAAUAGCACCGUUGCUUGACAUCAGAGGCAGUUUGCUGCAUCAGACUGUUUUUGCCAGUUUGCCAUCAAAUGUGCAGACCAGUUGUUGCAGUCAAAGGGACACUGUGCCUGAACAUGGUUCCCACAGUGAACCAGAGUUGCUUGCGUGUGAGUUGUGCUUUGAAUUCUACAGUCAGUGGGUGAAAAUCGAAGAAUCGUCAAGGCAAAGGCUCAUGAAGUUGACGUGCCAACAGAGUGGUGACCUAUGGCAAGCAAGUCGUAAGCUUCGACUCACAGCAUCAAACCUUUCCAAAGUUCCCCGCAGAAAAGACACUGCGCCGGACAAGUUCAUAAAGUCAUGCCUGUUCAGUACGUUUCGGGGCAACAAGGCAACGAGUCAUGGAAAGAAAUUUGAACCAGUCGCAAGGAAGGCCUUCGAAAAUAGCUAUGGUGUUUGUGUGGAGCUGUGUGGAACAGUGGUGAGUGCAACUCACCCAUUCUUAUCAGCAAGUCCUGAUGGACUGGUGGGCACUGACAGUAUUUUGGAAAUAAAGUGCCCACAUACAGAAGACUGUGUGCAGUUUGUUCACGCCUGUAAGUACGAUGUCAGGAGGGACACUGAUGGUAGAUAUUACCUUGCUAAAGAAGGAAAGAAUGGAUACUACAUGCAAGUUCAAUUUGUGAUGUUUUGCUCUGAGAGAUCAAAAUGUUACUUUCAUGUAUGGUCAGCACUGAAUUCUAUUAUAAUUGAGGUGACCUAUGAUGUAGAGUAUGUUGCCAUGCAUAUCACAAGGUUCAAUGAAUUUUACUUUAGGCAUUAUUUGCCCAGGCUUGUUGAUGCUGUAAAUUCCAAGAACUUGGCACUCACUGAUGAAUAUAAGGUACUGUGUUCAGAACGGUAAACUCAGAACAGAAUAAACUGCAGGUCACUGGAACACAA